GUGCGCGGCGGCGUGUCUGAUCCCUUACGCCCGAGGACUAAAUCAGCUGCGAUGGAGAACGCGGGGACAAUGCCGCAAGGAAUUGCGGGGCGUAAGAGGAUCCCCAACCGGGAAAGGCCCACGGCCGAGGAUGAAGCCCUCAACCUGAUCGCUCGCGAGGGUGAAGCAAGACUUGCGGCAAAGCGUGCAGCACGAGCUGAAGCACGGGAAAUUAGAAUGAAAGAACUUGAGAAGCAACAAAAGGAGAUCUAUCAAGUUCAAAAGAAAUACUACGGUCUGUGUACAAAGUUUUCUGACAUCGAACAGUGGAUGGAAGACAAUGAGCAUUAUUCCCAUAAAUCCAGAAAUGCCUCGGUUUCAGAUGAAGAUGAUCAUGUUUCCGUGCAUAGCCGUGGAAGCUUAAGGGGAAUCCGAACUGCAUCAAGCUUGUCAGCAGCUACCGUAGCCUCCCUAGGUGGAACCUCUUCUCGCCGAGGCAGUGGGGAUACUUCUAUCUCAAUUGAUACGGAAGCAUCUAUUAGAGAAAUUAAGAAUAUCAGUGAAUUAAAGGAUGAAAUUGAGAAUGUAGAAGCAAAAUACAUGCAGGGGUUGAAACAAAUGAAGGACUCUUCAGCUGAAGUUGAAGAAAAAUAUAAGAAAGCUAUGGUUUCAAAUGCUCAAUUGGAUAAUGAGAAAACAAAUUUUAUGUACCAAGUAGAAACCCUACAGGAUGCAUUAUUGGAACUAGAAGAGCAGCUUGCAGAAUCUAAGAGGCAAUUUGAAGAGAAAAGCAAAGAUUUUGAGAGAGAGAAACAUGCUCAUUCUAUAUUGCAAUUCCAAUUCACGGAACUCAAAGAGGCUCUGAAACAAAAAGAAGAACUACUUGCCGAAAUCCGACAACUACAACAAAAACAGGAGGGUUUUGUCAGGGAAAUAACUGAUCUUCAAGAGACAGUAGAAUGGAAAGAAAAAAAAAUAGGGGCAUUAGAAAGGCAGAAAGUUUUCUUUGAUUCCCUAAGAAGUGAGCGAGAUGAUCUUAGAGAGGAGGUGAUUUUGCUGAAGGAACAAUUGAAGCAAUAUGGAAUCACCAAUUUAGAAGUAGCUACCAAUGGAGAAAUCUCUGAAUGUGUUACUAAGGAUGGACUAUCAAAUUCUUCCAAUGUUGUUUCAGAGACAAGUCAUGUCAUUAAAUCUGAGGAUUGUACAGAAGGCAGAGCAAAUGAAGUGGAGAUGGAAAAUGAGAUUUUGGAGAAUAUGGGGAAAAGAGAAAUGUUGCAGAAUACUGAGCAUGAGGAAAACACAGAGGACACUAAGGAUCAGGAAAUCAAUCUCAAGUGUUUGGAAAUAAAGACAUUGCCUGCUGAUGAAAACAUAGAGACUAAUAAAGUCACUGAAGCCAAAAUUACAUCAACAUUGAAAUUGAAUAGUGGUCUUGAGGAUCCUGUAAAAAGUUACUCAGAAUGUAUCCCAGAAAUUGUUGAUUCCCUUGAAAAAAGAUAUUCAGAUGAAUUAAAGGUUGAAGGGGCUUCACCAAGUCAUAUUUUAGAAGAGAAAUUGUCUGAUAGAGAUAUAAAUGUAACUCAUAAUCAAAAUAAUAUGACAGAUCCAAGUAUUGAAAUUAAUCAGGAAAUACAUGCCAAUUUAGAAAUAGUUCCACAACAGCAAAAUAAAGAAAAACAAACAGAUAUUGUAGUUGAUGAGUCAGAAGGGAAUAGUGAAGUGUUUUGGGAAGCUUUAGAUUUUAUAAAUAAUGGCCACAUGGCAAUUUCUACUUCACCAGAAUUGGUAGAUGUUAUCCUUAUGAAAGCCUCCAGUAUUGAUCUUAACAGUGAACAAUCAAAAAAUGGGGUUGUUGAGAGAGAUUUAAACAGAGAAUGUUUUAAAAAUGAACAAAAUCCUAACAUAAAUGUUGUAACAAAAGGGCCAAAAAUAGAAAUGUGUGAAACAAAUGAAGAGAAUGAGGCACAAAGUACGAUGUUGCAACAGGAGGACCAAGUAGUAGAUUCUGAAGAAGAACAAAAAAGAACAUGUAUUAUGAAAGUUACUUUGAAUGAGUUUGGAGAGGAACAAGAUCAACUUAAAGUUGAAGAAAUCCAAUCACCACCUUCAAAACAUGAUGCAGUUGUUGACAAACAAAAUGAGCAAGAGUUAGGAGCAAAUAAAGAAAAUGUUGAGGAUACGAAGGCAUUAAAUGCUUAUUUAGAUUUUGAGGGAAAGAAUAAUGAAUGUAUUGUGGAAGAUGUUCAUGCAGAACAACCUGUUGUAGAUUAUAUAAAUCAAAGCAAAUGCCAGACCCAAGAAGAAACAAAUGCAAACAUAGAGAAUGAUUCCAGCUGUAAUAUAAAAUCAGCUUGCAUAGAUGGAGCUCUGGCUGAUAUUGAUAUGAUAAAUAAAGAAGUUGCUGGUGGUCAUAAAGAAGAUUUAUCUGAAGGAAAACAGAGUGUAGAUAAAGAAGAUAAUACUAUUCAGUUUGCUGUAACUACAACUACAAUGAAAGAAGGUACUGAAGAAACAUGCACUAGGAAUAAAGAGGAUAAAAAUUGCAAACAACUGCAUGAAGAAAUUCACAGUAUUGUGCCAGAUAUUGAGGAGGUUGGUUGUCUUGAAUCACAGAAGACUGAAUUCAUUGAACAAAAUGAGCCUGAGAAUGAAGAAAUAAUUGUAGAAGAAUAUCAUGAAGCCUUAGAUGUUGAUGCAGCUUCUUUUGGAGAAUUUAAAACUUCUGAGAAGAGAGAUGAUCUGAAUAAUAAAGAUAAUGAAAAGGUCAAAGCCAGUUUAUUAAAUGAAAUUGGAUCUGAGGCUUUUGUGGAAGAAAGUGACAGUAUUCAGCAGCUGAAAGGACAUAAAUCUGAAGAAGUCAAAUCUGUGCAGAUGGAUUUCUCUGUUUCUGAAACAACAAAGUCACAAUGUGGACAGCUGGAAGAGGAAAGUAAAUUAUUGGAUGAAAUCAGUUCAGUACAAAUAGCUGAUCAUACACCCGAACAGUUGGAAAACCUGGAGAGUGCUAUGAAUGAAAAUCAAGAGGAAACAGAAAGGUAUAAUAAGAAGGGAAAAGGUAAAUCUCGGGAAGACUGCAUUAUAUACAUUAGAUUAAAAAGACUUCUGGAUGAGCGAGAACUUUUACUUCAACAGAUUAAAAAAUUAAACGGACAACUGGAAGAAAAACAAAAUAGUAAAAUUGAGAAGUUACAUUUGGAAGAUGGAGUCCUAGAAAAUGGCCCAGACAUGCAUGUGAUUGAUCUUCAAAGAGAUGCAAACAGACAAAUCAGCGACCUGAAAUUUAAACUUGCAAAAUCUGAGCAAGAAAUUAUAGCACUGGAACAGAAUGUGUUACGAUUAGAAGGUCAAGUUGUUCGCUAUAAAACAGCUGCAGAAAAUGCUGAAAGAAUAGAGGAUGAAUUGAAAGCAGAGAAACGUAAGCUCCAAAGAGAGCUUCGUUCAGCAUUAGACAAAACAGAAGAACUUGAAGUAAGUAAUGGCCAUCUAGUUAAACGGCUAGAGAAGAUGAAAGCCAAUAGAAAUGCUUUACUCUCACAGCAAUAGAUGGCAGCUGUUGCUGGGGCUAUUGGACUGACUGACAACCAUGCCACCCAGGCUUACAGCUGUACCUGUUUGAGAUGCUUUCAUACUUCUGAAGACAACACAGUUCGCACGCAUGAAUUCAUUUGACCAUAUGCCAAUAUCUUGAAGUUUUGCUUAUGCAGAUUCUGAACUGAUAACUGUGAUUAUGAACAGCUGCUCCAAAUGUCUGUCUGUCUCUCUCAGAUUCAAUACUGUAGCUGUAAGCAAUUCAAUAAGCACAUUAUAUGUCCCUUUAAGUCCUCAAUUUUAGGUGGCAUUUUGAAAACAAUACAGAAAGCAAAAAAAAAAAUGUUUUAUAAAAUAUUAAACUGGAAAUUGGAAUUUUCUUUCUUUCUGGAAAUUAGUUUUUUUAA